UUUUGUUAUUCCAUUGAUUGCUGUCAACAGUUUUUUAAAGGAGUUGACACCUCACAAGCACAAGCUUUAUUCUUACGUAUCUUACUAGUUUCAUUCCUAAAACCAAUAAAACAAAUAUAGUUCAUUGACUAGUUGCUAUAGCAGGGCAUUGUCACAGUUGACAUCCCACAUCAAUAAGCAUCCCUUUUAAUCUUGAACUUGAUUCUUAUAUUUGGCAUCCCACUUUGAUAAGCACCUCUUAUAUUGAGCUUUUCUAGCAAAAGAGCUCAUCAUUGUUUUGGCUUCAUCUUCGUGAAUCGACAGUGCUCUGGUGGGAUUUGAUGAAAUUUAGGCACUCUAUUUUUCACAGCAUGUUUUUAGUCAAAGUAGCUGUUGCCAUAUUUCUUUGCCUUUGUUGGGUUAUGGAACUUAGGAUCUAGAUGCCAUUUCUCAGUUGUCUUGGUUGGUAUCUGCUGGUAUAUAUGAUCUGUCCUUGCUGCAAAGAAUUGCAAGUUUGCGCAUUGCCUGCGUGAUAAGAAGUAAGAACCUCCUGCAAGCUCUUGGAGGAAGUAGAAUUUUAUCUCUGAACCAGUAGUUGAUGUAGAAGAUGACUGAGUUUUUUGUGUUGGUCAUUACCAUUUUGUUUUUUGGUUGGCCCUAUUUUUGCAUUAAACUCGAUCUAGAGUCCUAUCUGGCGAGUGACUUUGCAUGUUUGAUUGAUCCUGGGAUGUCUUGAUUGCGGAAUGUAUACACUUGUUGGACUUGUUGUUGGCUCUAUAGAAUGCCCAGUGAAAUUUUUCUUGUCCAUGUAAAGGUGAUCUACACAUAUCCAGUUACUGAAGAGUGUGCAGCACUAGUAAAUUUUAACGCCGUUCAAAAUGUGCAUAUAAAAUGGUUUCUUGUCUUAAUGGAGCACUACUUCCCCUAAAAGAACGGCUUGGUAAAUCUAAAGUUAUCGUGCAUGUCAAACUCCAGUAGAAUUCGAGUCCUUGUGAAUCGUACAGGUGGUAAAGAAAACAACUAUGCGUCAAUGAAAUUUAACUAGAUCAAAGUACAAACAAAUGGUUUUGCACGCAACUUCUAUAGGUCCCGUGUUUGCUUAUAAUGGUGUUGUGGGCUUUUGCUAAGUUUCUCCAGCAAAUUCGGGCAUCUGUCUAUUGCCUUCGUAGCAAGUAAUUUUGAAAGCCAAGGGCUAUUUGUUAGAUGAUGAUUGUAGUUUUUCUUAUUACAGAAAAAGUGUGAAUGCUGCAACUUAGAAACAGCUUUUAGGAUGAUGUAUUUUUUUUCUCCCUGACUGCUCGCCAAGACAGCUUUUAGGAUGAUUCAGUUGUCCGGUCCUGCUCUGUCUUGCCUGUCCUGUCUUACUAUAACGAAGCCAGCAUAAGCACCAUCAAGUGAAGGGGACGCAUGACCAAGAUAAACUCUGAAGUUGCUUGUUUAGUGCCAUUCGUUGAUGAUUAUCAGAAACUCACUGGAAAUCAAGUUUGACAGCAGUACUUGCAUGGUGAGUACUGCUUAUAAAGCGUUAAUGGGCAAGCCUAAGAAUGAGAGAGUGACUGUGCUGAUCAUGGGAGAAAUUUUUCAUGUGAUUGAGUCCAAAGUCUAUUACGAAUAGGAUGAAUACGUGCAGAUUCUGAUGAAGACAUUGCACUGCGUGUGAUAAAGGCUCCGAUUCGUCUUCCAUCUUAUUCUUCCAGAAAUUUCGUUUUUAGGCAUCAUGAGAGCUAGUCGAACUCCGCUCGUGUAGUGUCAAGUCUCCCUGUUUGCAGACAAGCCCGUGACCUCCUUGAUGGAUUGCCUUUCAUUUUGCUUCUAUAUAAGCUCACUUGACUAGCUCCCUUUGUCGGCCUUGAUCCACUGACUUUAGUCAAGCUCAAACAAUUACUCAAAUCACAGAGUGCUUUGUGGGAUAUCAAUGAGGCCGUGUUUGAAUAUUAAAUUGUAAGAGGGAUAAAUCAUUAGAUCCACCGCCAGGUUAACGAAAUUUUUACUCAUUAUUGGAUGAUGAAACAUCUACAUUUUGUCAAUAUCAAACUGCGCUUUUGUGAGAGCGUUGAAUUAUCAAGCUACGCUUCCCCGAUCAUACAUGUAAGGGCUAUGGCUACGUCCAUCUCUUUGCUGUCACCUACUUCCAUAGCCCACGGCCAUCGACAAGCAACCUAUUGCCGGGUCUAUUUUGUAUUCCUGAAACAUGUUUCUCAUACAUACAGAGCAUGUUAUGUAACAGUUGGUAGGUGUGAUCCAGUGCAUUAAAAGUUUCAACCUCCCACCGCUCCAUGAAAACCUCUCUUCAUGCGUAUGCAUGUGCAUUGUCCCUUGUCAUUCUCUUUAUAUCUCCUUCAUCUCUCUGCCUCAGGUUGUUUUCUGUUGUCGUUUCAACUCCCAACCUCUCGCUCUCUCUCUCUCUCUCUCUCGCGAGCGACGAACACUUAUGAAUGAGCCAUGAACACUGAAAAGAACGACCAAGCUUUCGCCGCCGAAGGCCAAAACUCCAUCAGAGGACGACGUUGCCUCGUAUUCCUCCUCACAGCGCCUCUCCUCCUCCUCUUCCUCCUCUCCGUCAUCUCUCUCGUGCUCUCCCUCACCCUUCUCAAGCCGAGAGACCCCACGACCCGCCUCGUCUCUGCCACCCUCAAUGGCAUCUCCCCGCAAGUCACCUUAUUUCCUGUCCUCAAGGUCGAGCUCAAUGUCACCCUCAACCUCAUCCUCCUCGUCCACAACCGCAACCACUUCGGCUUCAGGCAUGGGCCCGGCAAGAGCAUCAUCUUGUACAGAGGCGGACAAGUCAGUGAGGCGGACCUGCUUUCAGGGGAGAUCCCCGCAAGGAAGUCGGCAGAGAUGCCGUGCAGGCUGAUGCUGGAGGUGGACAGAGUGGUGGCGGAGGAUGUGGCACCGCUGGUGAGGGAUGUUUUGGGUGGGGAAGUCGUGGUCGAGAGCAGGACGAGGAUCCCGGGGAGGGUGAGGCUAUGGAACGUGUUGCAGAGGCAAGUGGUGGCAACGUCAGAGUGCCGGUACACGAUUGGAGUGCCGGCAAUGACUAUUCUGAGCCAGGAUUGCAAGUACGAGACCAAGUUUUGACUUUGUAAGAGCAAGAGUUCUUGUCUGAACGGAUUAGUAUAUACCUCAGGCAAGAGGUUCAUUCGAACGUGAGACGCUAAAAGACCAUGUAGUCAAAUUUAACAUACUUCCAAUGUGUCACUUAUUGCGAUUCCCUAAGAAA